ACAAAAAGUAAAACUUCUGCUGUCCCCAGCCCUGCAGCCCCAGCCCAGCAGUCCCCCGCGGGAGUGGCAGGUCCUGAGUCAGGGCCUGCCCAGGGUAGGCAUCCCUGCGGGGCGACUGAGCAGCGGGAAGCUGCUUGGACCCAGUCUCAAACUUAACUCCAUCCUAGCACCCGGGCGGGCCUCCUGGGUUGCGGGGACUUAAGAAAAGGCAAGGAGUUCCCAGGUCCUAGGACGCUGGGCGCUCUCGCGUGACGGGGCGUCCCGGAGGAAGCCGAGCCCGAGCCCUCGGGGAGCUGGGGACCGCGGGGAGGCUGCGGUCACGUCCUGCGCGGGUGGGCGGUGGGCCAGGACCCGCCGUUCUUUCGGACCGCGCCGAGCUUCGCCGCUCUUCCAGCCGCUCCGCUGCCCGAGCUAGCCCGGGCCCAGCUGUGGGGCGAAAAUGCCUGCCCUUCACAUCGAAGAUUUGCCAGAGAAGGAAAAACUGAAAAUGGAAGUUGAGCAGCUUCGCAAAGAAGUGAAGUUGCAGAGACAACAAGUGUCUAAAUGUUCUGAAGAAAUAAAGAACUAUAUCGAAGAACGUUCUGGAGAGGAUCCUCUAGUAAAGGGAAUUCCAGAAGACAAGAACCCCUUUAAAGAAAAAGGCAGCUGCGUUAUUUCAUAAAUAACUUGGGAGAAAGUGCAUCCUCAGUGGAAGAACUAGUUUGUCUUAGUUUUACCAGAUAAAACCAACAUACUUUUUAAGGAAGGAAGAAAGAAAUUAAAAGGAGACUUUCUCAAGAACCAUAUAGAUAGGGUUAUGUAUAAAAGCAUAUGUGCUCCUCAGCUUUGCUCACUAUGCAGCCUUUUUUAAGAGGGCAGAGAGUAUCAGAUGUUCAAUUAUGGAAAUAAGAACAUUACUUGAGCAUGACACUUUUUUCAGUAUAUUGCUUGAUGCUUCAAAUAAAGUUUUAUCUUGGGAA